GUUGAGUAUAGUUUCUAUUUUAGAUGCCUUUGUUGCCGGAAGCGGAUGCUGUAUAUACCAUCAACCAGUCUUCCAUCAACUUAUCCUUUUCUCUUUUGAGGUUUCUUGUGUGAGGGGAAUUCUCGGAUUUUGUUAAUUUAAGAUGGCUGACGGAGAAGAUUGGGAUGCCGACGAGCCCGUAGUAGCUGCUGACACCAUACCAGUGGCGCAGGCUCCAGAACUGCCUGAAAUCAAACUGUUCGGUCGUUGGAGCUGUGAUGAUGUGCAAGUUUCUGACAUGUCCCUUCAGGAUUACAUAGCAGUUAAAGAGAAGAAUGCUAAAUAUCUUCCCCAUUCUGCUGGGAGGUAUGCAGCCAAACGAUUCCGCAAGGCACAAUGCCCAAUCGUGGAGCGCCUAACCAACUCCCUGAUGAUGCAUGGUCGUAAUAACGCCAAGAAACUCAUGGCUGUCAGAAUAGUCAAACAUGCAUUUGAAAUCAUCCACUUACUUACAGGGGAGAACCCUCUUCAAGUUCUGGUAACAGCAAUUAUCAACUCAGGACCCAGAGAGGAUUCCACAAGAAUUGGUCGUGCAGGCACAGUACGAAGACAGGCUGUAGACGUGUCCCCUCUACGGCGAGUUAAUCAGGCCAUCUGGCUGCUGUGUACGGGAGCCCGAGAAGCUGCAUUCAGAAACAUCAAGACCAUCGCUGAGUGUGUGGCUGAUGAGCUCAUUAACGCUGCCAAGGGUUCUUCAAAUUCAUAUGCCAUCAAGAAGAAAGAUGAACUGGAACGUGUGGCCAAGUCCAACCGUUAAUCAGUUUGUUACUAUGCAAUAAAGUUUUUAAUUCAAAAUCAG